CUAUCUACGUAAGAAGCUUAGGUGGUUGGUUCUCAAAACUUAUCCCUUCUUUGGAAGUGUCAUGUGACUAACACACAGAGAGAUCAUUUUUAGGUAAUAGAGCUGGGCAGAAUAUUUUCGUUCUUAUGGCAGAAGCAUAAAUUCUCGUGGGCACAAUAAAUUUGCUAAAUAAACAAUCUAUUUCAGAAUAUCUUCAAAAUUUCAGCAUUUAAAUAAUGUUUGAAAUAAUGCGCUGCUGCAAAUGGACAAUUUCUUUAAAAUGAGAGGAAAAUUUCAUCUUUUUUCAAGGGUUUUAUAUAGUUUGAUAAAAAAUAAAAAUUUUUGAGAAAAGUAAUAUUUUUUCUGCCUGCCAUUAUGGGUUGUCAGCAUUCCAAAAACGCAAAUAUUUGCACAGAAAUGAAUGAGAAUGGUGAAAAGGACAAUAUUGCGGAAGUAAUCGUAUUGGAUGAAAGCGAUUCGAAAGAACUCACUGCAAGUCAAAAGCAACUCAUUCACGAAACUUGGAAACAUUUAGUCGACAACAUAUCGAAUGUUGGGGUGAUUACAUUUAUGAACCUUUUUGAGACGCAUCCGGAUGUUCAAGAUGUGUUCAUGCCGUUCAAAGGUCUCACUAAAGAAGAGCUGAGGCACAGCACAGAACUCAGAGCACACGGUCUUCGGGUGAUGGGAUUCGUCCAAAAAGUCGUCGCACGUCUUGAUGAGCCUGAAAAAUCUGAACAAUUACUCAGAGAACUUGGGAAAAAUCACGUGAUGUAUGGUGCCAAGAUAGAUUACGUGGAUCUGAUAGGACCCCAGUUUGUGUUUGCAGUGAAGCCGUCGAUGAAAGACCACUGGUCAGAUGAUAUUGAAGAUGCGUGGAUUCAGCUUUUCAAAUUUAUGGCAUACAAAAUGAAGAAAGCUAUGUUGGAAUCGAUAAAUAAUCAAAACGAUUCAAAUCAAGAAACAAACAAAGAGGCCAACACAAAACAAAUUGAAAUUUAAUUGUUUUUAAUUUAUGUAUCACAAAAUCUAACUGAUUCAUUUUGUAUACAAAUGUACUUUAUUUACACUGACCAAAAUGAAGUCAGUAGGUGGACUUUUUUAACGUAUUUAUUUAAGUUAUAAAAUAAUGAAGAUGAGUGUGUGUAAACAUAGCGCAAUACAAAAAUAUAUUAAUUAUGUUUCAGAAACAUUUUGAUCUCCUUAAAAUCAAAACAUUUUCAGCUUAUGCAAAGACUGUUCCAAAAGUUAUUUAUUUAAGUUAUAAAAUAAUAAAUAUGUAUGUGAACAAGUAUAGCGCAAUGCUAAAAAUAUAUCAAUUACGUUUCAGAAACAUUUUGAUCUCCUCAAAACGUUAAAACAUUUUCAGCGACUAUUCCUAAAGUUGUUUAUUUAGGUUAUAAAAUAAUGAAUAUGUAUAUGUGCAAAUGCAGCGCAAUGCAAAAAUAGAUCAAUUAUGUUUGAGAAACAUUUUGAUCUCCUUAAAAUCAAAACAUUUUCAGCUAAUGUGAAGACUGUUCCAAAAGUUAUUUAUUUCAGUUAUGAAACAAUGAAUAUGUAUCUGUACAAAUGUAGCGCAAUGUUAAAAAUAUAUCAAUUAUGUUUCAGAAACAUUUUGAUCUCCUCAAAACGUUAAAACAUUUUCAGCGACUAUUCCUAAAGUUGUUUAUUUAGGUUAUAAAAUAAUGAAUAUGUAUAUGUGCAAAUGCAGCGCAAUGCAAAAAUAGAUCAAUUAUGUUUGAGAAACAUUUUGAUCUCCUUAAAAUCAAAACAUUUUCAGCUAA